UUUUUUGAACAACAUGGAGGAAUCAAAUCAAAAUAUUUCUGACAAUAACGAGCAAAAGGAAUCGGAUGAAAGCGAAGAAAUUUUGAGUUUUGAAUCAAAGUUUUGUGUACUUCUUGAGAAUCAAAAUGAGACCUCUUCCCUGGACAAAGAUGAAGAUGUUAUUGAUUUAAAAAUAAAAUUAAAAAACGAAAAAAGGAAAAAUAAGUUUAAUAAAAGAAAAAUACGGAAAAAGUCCUUUGACAACGAAAUUGACGAAUUGGUUAAAUUAAUUGAAUCAAAAAAUGAAUUAAAUAAAGAAUUGGUGAAUGAAGAAAUUGAAGAAUUAAAUAAUUUAGAGGAAAAUGAAGAAGAAGAAAAUAUGGCUCUAUUACACAAUAUACGUCCAAUCAACUAUUAUGCGUCCAAUCAACUUUUAUACGUCCAAUCAAAGUUCGUACGUCCAAUGAAAAGUUUAUACGUCCAAUGA